AUGUCUGGACUGUGUGAAAAUAGUUUCGAGCAGAGAACUGUGUUGAUUGGAAGUCAUUUGGGUAUCUCGGCCACUGGAUUGGUAAUGACAUCACAAGAGGAUGAUUAUCCCGAUGAUUUCGAUAUCACCACUUCCGAACAAGGAGACGCCGACGAUAUUCAGAAUCAUUGUCUUGGAGCGCCGCCAAUCAGCGACUUUGAUUCAAAUGAAGAACAGGAUUCUGAAAAUGAAUUAGAAGACUCAUAUGAUAGUGGAAGUGAGCCGUUUGAUGUAGACGGUUAUGACUAUACGACGGAACCACUCCCAGCAAUGCCAGACGAUCUUGUGGGAAAUGGAGCUCAAAACUACGCGGAUAUGAACGAUUUUGGAGGAGACCCUCGAGAACUUCUUCCGAUCUUCUUUACUUCCACUCUGGCUGCCCAUCCUCUCAGACUGAAAGAAGGAUACGAUCCUGAAGAACUGGAUAAAUGUCUUCGGGAAAAUAUGGGAUUCACCUUGCCGGUCGUGGCCACGAUUCUUCUGGGAUCCCAUAUCACUGAUGGAUUACCGAACGAUUCAAAGACUGAGUACGCAAUCGCAUUAGCGAAUAAAAACUGGUUGACCAGAAACGGAGAUAAGUUUCUUCCGAUUUUUCCAGAAUCAGAGAAGGAGUUUAUUACAUCGUUGAUUGAAGGAUCUGAAUUACUUGCAAGUAAAGAAGAAACCAAGAAAAAAGAAGCUCAGGUGUUCCCAAGCAUGGAAAAAGAGAUCAGGGCUCAUCAAACGUUCAACAUGAUUGUUGAAUUGCUGCAAAUUGUCCGAGACGAACUUCGUCAACGCAAAGUUCCUUAUCAAAACAUCAUGUUUGCUUUCAAUGAAAUGGCAAAAGGGAAAAAACAUGCGCAUGUUUUUGAGAAGUACUCCAAACAACUGGAACUCGAUUCGACGAUGGAAUGGAACACAAAAUGGUUCAACCAAUACACGAACCGAUCAACUCUGAAAAAGUUUGUGCAGAUGUCCAAAUUUUCUGAAAUAGUUGUAUCAAAUAUGAAAGAUUCUCCAUUUUACUUCAGAGCAGAUGAUGAAGGCGAUCGUCCUGUGAAAAUGUUCACUGAUGAUGAUAUCAAAGCGGUAAAGGACAAAUGGAUGUCUGGAAACGAAAGGAACAAAAAUUUUGGAUCCAAUUACGAAAGAAGUGGACAGAGAGGAGACAGAGGAGGUCCUUCAAGAUAUCAACAACAACCCAAAAAGGUUAUUGAGCAGGACCCGAAUUAUCGUUCUUCAACAUUUAACGGUGGGAUUAGUGGAGCUGCUAAUGACGAUGGAUCCUUGGAACCGUCAAGUUCAUCUCGAACAUACGAUAAUCAACCAUCGUCGAGGACUCGCUGCCACCGAUCUCCAACACCGUCGCCAGAACGUCGCCGGGAAAAUCCUGUUGCAGAGAGAUCAACAAUACGAGAUGAAAGUACGCAGAGACGCUCAGAGAGCCCCCCUCCUGUCACUCGCGAAGUGUUCGAUCCAUUUGGAGGAGGCCCUCCUCUCAAUCAGAAAACAGAAGAUAACCGUGGCAACAAUCGAGGUAGAGGAUUCGGAAAUGGAAAUUUCAGCAGCCUAGCGAAGCCAGUGGCUCGAAUCGAUCAUAUCGGAGAUACAUCGUCAGAAACUUCCUCCCGUUUCAAUACGGCCUACAGCCCGCCGCGCCGGCGUACACCAUCACCGAAGCCUCGACGGAAUGUUUCAGCAGAGCCAGAGAUUCCCAGUCCACAGCCUCAACCAACUCAAAAUCAGACACCAUCUCCCUUUUUGGGCCAAGAAUCCCCUCCAUCUAUUGAUAACGAUCGUAUGGAUGAUUACAUGCCACCGCCACCAGCGGCUCCUGUAGUCAGACAACUGCCGCUUGCUGUCUCGUCUUCGCGGCACGAUGCCGAACACAUGACUGCUCAGGUACCAUAUCGCCCAGCCGAAGGCGUUCUGGAAAGAAACAAAGCAGAAGAAGAGAAGAAAAAACGAAGACAAGAGAUCGAUGACGUUCGCAUAGAGAGUGAAAACAGACAACCACCUACUCAACAUCCAUUUUUAACCUCUUCAAGAGCGAAACCGACGACGUCCCGCAAUCCAGAGCAAGGGUAUAGUGAUCCGGUGACUACAAAUGGGUUUGCCAGACGAAAUGUUGCCCAACCGACCUAUGCUGCUACAAUGGCAGCCCAAGCUCCGCCGGCGCCUCCAGCACCAGCUCCACAGCCUUCUCCAGUUCCACCACCAGUGUUUCCAUUGCAUGCUCCAAUGCAAGCUCCAUUACAGGUUCCAGUGUCAAGGACCAAUUCAGUAAUCAAGAUCAUUUUGAAACCGAGUAUCCUGGAAGAAAUAGACAAGGAAGGCGGCCACCUCAACAGGGGUUAUCCAUUGCCUCCUCAGCAGUACCCACCACAAAAUCAGUAUCAACCUCCUCUACAACAACAGAUUCAGCAGCCGAAUUAUCAAUAUCCGCAACAAAAUCAGUAUCAACAAGGUCCACCGCCGCCACAGUACCCAAUGGAAACUCCUCAAUACAAUCCCACUCCUCCACCUCCUCCUCGUGCUGAAUAUUCAAGUAAUUAUCCUCCGCCACAAAAUCAAAUGAAUCGACCCCCGCAGCAAUCGUAUCAAGAUCAGCAAUACUCGAGAAAUCAGUACUCGUCGAAUGGAAAUUGGUCAAAUCCAGCGUAUCCUCAACAGCCCCGCUCUCCACCGUUGCCAAAUGGACCGCCUCAGGAUUACAAUCGUUGGAGAGAUAGAGAUCCUCCGCCACGACAACCACCACCGGCAACGUAUGGAAGACGUGACGUUGGCAGACCAUCGCUUUCCACUUUUUCACUUCUUGCCGAAGAGGAUGACAGGAGAGCAGCGCCCCAACGACCAGAUGUAGGAAGGAUGAGGGACAUCAUCAUGUCGAUAGCGUACAAUUGCAGGACUAAAGGUUGUCAACUUGAUAAAGAACGAUUGAAGUAUGAAGUUUGCCAAUCUCGCUUCCAACAGCACUUCCCCGGCGGUCCCGAGUGGUUCGACUUCACUUCCUUCAUCCGAAAUGAGUUGAGAGGUACAAUGGAGGUCAGAGGGAACGAAAACGGCGCAGUUUGGUAUGAAUUGCUCCGCAAUUGA